GGUUCCUUCGGCCCCUCCGCUUCCCUCCGCUUCCCGCCAUGGCGCCGUUCGAACCGGCGGCGCUGCCGGAGCUGCUCCCGGUGUUCUACCGCCGGCUCUUCCCGCACGGCGCCUACGGCCGCUGGCUCGGCUACGGCGGCGUGGAGAAGAACUACUUCCAGCUGCGGGAGUUCUCCUUCACGCUGCGGGACGAUGUGUACGUGCGGUUCCAGUCGUUCGGCAGCCCGCAGGAGCUGGAGAAGGAGCUGCAGAGGACCAACCCGUACAAGAUCGACAUCGGCGCCGUAUAUUCGCAUCGCCCCAACCAGCACAACACGGUGCACCUCGGGGCGUUCCAACCCGUGGAGAAGGAGCUGGUGUUCGACAUCGACAUGACCGACUACGAUGACGUCCGGACGUGCUGCAGCUCGGCCGACAUCUGCUCCAAGUGCUGGACUCUGAUGACCAUCGCUGUCCGUGUGAUUGACCGCGCGCUCGUGGAGGACCUGGGCAUGAAGCACCGCCUGUGGGUGUACUCGGGACGGAGAGGUGUGCACUGCUGGGUCUGCGACGACGCCGUGCGCAAAUGGUCCCCGGCGCUGCGUGCGGCCGCUGUGGAGUACCUGAGCCUGGUGAAGGGUGGAGCUGAGACGGUGAAGAAGGUGAACCUCUCGGAGCCCGUGCACCCCUUCAUCAGGCGGUCGGUGAACGUGGUGGAGAAGUACUUCGAGGCGUACGCACUGCAGGGCCAGGACGUCUUGGGCAGCCCCGAGCGCUGGGACAAAGUGCUGGCCUUGGUCCCAGAGGAGCACCGUGAGCUGCUGCAGAGCGAGUUCCCCAAGAAGCGCGACUCAGUGCAGCGCUGGGAGCUGCUGAAGGGCCGCAUGGAGCGGACACGGCGGGCAGCAGGCAGUGGGAAGGGCACGGCGUGCUAUGCAGACUGGGAGAUCAUGCUGCAGUACUGCUUCCCACGGCUCGACAUCAACGUCAGCAAAGGCAUCGGGCACCUCCUGAAGAGCCCCUUCAGCGUCCACCCCAAAACAGGCCGCAUCUCGGUGCCACUGGACCUGCAGAGGUUGGAUGACUUCGACCCGUUCGCAGUGCCCACCAUCAGCUCGCUGUGCCAGGAGCUGGAUGCGGCUGGCGAUGAUGCAGAGCAGGAGGACAGCGAGGAGACGGAGCCAAAGCGGCGGAUGCGGGACUACCGGCGGACGCAGCUGGCGCCCUACGUGAAGGCCUUCGAGCAGUUCCUGGAGGAGAUGGAGCGCGCGCGGCGCGGGGAACGGCUGUGGAGGAGCGGUGAGCGCUGGGGAUCCCGCCGCUCCCAGCUGCUCUUCAUUGCUUAUUGAAAACCUAAUGAGGUUCAGUAAGGCCAAGUGCAGGGUGCUGCGUUUGGGUCAGGGCCAUCCCAGGUAUUCACACAGACUGGGGAAAGAUCUUGAGAGCAGAGAAGGACUUGGGGGUCCUGGUAGACGAGAAGCUGGACACGAGGCAGCAGCGUGCGCCUGCAGCCAGCUGUGUUCUGGGCUGCAUUAAAAAAGUCGUCCCCCUCUAUGGGCUCUGGCGAGGCGCCAUCUGCAGCGCUGCGCCCAGGCCUGGGGCCCUCAGCACAGGAAGGACGUGGAGCUCUGGGAGCGGGUCCAGAGGAGGCACUGAGAUGAGCAGAGGGCUGGAGCAGCUCUGUGUGAGGAAAGGUUGAGGGAACUGGGGCUUGUUUAGCUGGGAGAAGAGAAGGCUGCGGGGAGACCUCAUGGUGGCCUUCCAGCACUUGAAGGGAGCGGAUAAACAGGAGGGGGAACGGCUGUUGGUGAGGGUGGGUGCUGACAGGACAGGGGGGAAUGGUUUUAAAGUGAGACAGGGGAGGUGGAGGUUGGAUAUGAGGAGGAAGUUUUUCACACACAGGGUGGUGAAGCACUGGAACAGGUUGCCCAAGGAGGCUGUGGAUGCCCCAGCCCUGCAGGCAUUCAAGACCAGGCUGGAUGUGGCUCUGGGCAGCCUGGGCUGCUGGUUGGCGACCUGCACACAGCAGGGGGUUGGAGCUGGAUGAGUGCUGUGGGCUUUUGCAACCCAGGGCAUUCCAUGAUUCUAUGAUUCUAUGAUCAUUUGA